GCCAUAGCGACGGCGGAGCUGGGCCUGGAGCCCGGGGCCGUUCGGAGCCAUCGCCGCGGGGAAGGGCCCGGCCCGGCCCGGCCCGCAGCUCGGCCCCUGCUCCUGCGGCUGGAAAUGAGCCCCGAGCCCUGAGCGAUCGGGCACGGGAGCAGCGGGGGGACUUCAACCCCGAGCCGGUGGUGGUGGUGUCGUUGUUUGUCCGCAGCAGCCCCAGGCCGGGGCCAGCGCCGUGCCCUGAGGGAGGAGAAGGGUCCGGGCCUGGAGGGAUGCUCAGGGAGCGGCUCCUCGGCUCUGCCUCUGCGCUGCCCUGACUCGAAAGAGUGGUGGUAACUGCAGAAAAGUUAAAUGUCUUCAGAGGACAAGGAGGCUCAGGAGGACGAGCUGCUGGCUCUGGCCAGCAUCUACGAUGAGGACGAGUUUAAGAGAGCAGAGUCUGCCCAAGGAGGAGAAACAAGAAUUUGUCUGGAGUUGCCUCAAGACUUCAAAAUUUUUGUGAGGGGCAGUUCCACAGAGAGCCUCCAGAGCAGUGGGUUUGAAUAUUCCGUGUGCUUCCUGCCUCCCCUCGUGCUGAAUUUCGAGCUCCCACCUGACUACCCAUCAACCUCCCCGCCCGUGUUCACCCUCAGUGGGAAAUGGCUCUCCCAGGCCCAGCUCAGCGCUCUUUGCAAACACUUGGACAAUGUGUGGGAAGAGAACCGAGGCUGUGUGGUCCUGUUUGCCUGGAUGCAGUUUCUGAAGGAGGAAACAUUGAAUUACCUGAAUAUUUCAUCGCCAUACGAGCUGAAAAUGUGCCCUCAGGGCAAGGGGCAGAGCUGGACACCAGUGGGACCCCUCGAGCCUGGGAAGGACUGUGGGGGUGCCACAGGCUCUGCCACAGCUGAGGAGGAAAUCGUGGAUGCCAGGGCUGUGCAGGAUGUGGAAUCCUUGUCCAGCCUGAUCAGGGAGAUCUUGGACUUCGACCAGGCCCAGAGGAGGAAGUGCUUUAACAGUAAGAUGUACUCGUGCAGUAUCUGCUUCUGUGAGAAGCUGGGCAGUGAGUGCAUGCACUUCACCGAGUGCAGCCACGUGUACUGCAAAGCCUGCCUGAAGGACUACUUUGAAAUCCAGAUCAGGGAUGGACAGGUGCACUGCCUCAACUGCCCCGAGCCCAAGUGUUCUUCUGUCGCCACUCCAGGCCAGGUGAAGGAGCUGGUUGGGGAGGAGCUGUUUGCCCGCUAUGACCGCCUGCUGCUGCAGUCCAGCCUGGACCUGAUGGCUGACGUGGUUUAUUGCCCCCGGCCUGGCUGCCAGACCCCCGUGAUGCAGGAGCCCGGCUGCACCAUGGGCAUCUGCUCCUGCUGCAACUACGCCUUCUGCACCCUCUGCAAGAUGACUUACCAUGGUGUGUCCCCCUGCAAGGUCACUGCAGAGAAAUUAAUGGAUUUGAGGAAUGAGUAUUUAGAAGCAGAUGAGACAAAUAAAAGAUUUUUGGAACAACGCUAUGGCAAGAGAGUGAUUCAGAAAGCCCUGGAGGAGAUGGAGAGUAAGGAAUGGCUGGAAAAGAACUCCAAGUCUUGUCCUUGCUGUGGGACCCACAUCGAGAAACUGGAUGGCUGUAACAAGAUGACCUGCACAGGGUGCAUGCAGUAUUUCUGCUGGCUCUGCAUGGGCUCCCUGUCCCGGGCCAACCCCUACCGGCACUUCAACGACCCUUCCUCCCCCUGCUUCAACAGAUUGUUUCAAGCCAUGCACAUUGAUGAUGGGGAGUUCUGGGAAGUGGAAGACGAUGAUCAGUAGCUUCCUCCAGCACCAAAAGGGAUGAGUGCCAAGGCAGUGAGCUGAGGAUGUGACCAGUGAGAGGGUGAAAAGUAUCAGGAAGAGAUGAACUUGAAUUCCUCAAGAUACUGACAAUUACCUUGUGUUCUCAGUUGAUUAAUUUAUUUUUCAUUAACUCUUCAUAUAAGAAAUUUGAUUGUUGAUACUUUUGCUUCUGGACUAGAUCCUUUAUUUCCACUGGUUUUGCACUUCAAAUUAUUUCAGAAACCAAAUUGUUUCUCCUAAAAUCUCAGCAAGUGGUUUUGAGAGUAUGAAGGUGAUUACUGGAGGCAAACACUGAUUUUUUACAAGUUUUUCCAGUUGCAGAACAGUCUAAAAGUUUAUUUGAAAACUAAAGUUGCAUGUGCUGUGUUCAAGAGCAGUAGGGCCUGGAUGGAAAUCUCUGGAGCUGAGAUUCCUCAGGAACUCAGGGUGAUUACAGCUCAGUCAGUUCUGACUGAGAGUUAAUGAAUUUAUCCUGGGAUGUGUGGCCAAAACGAGUGGUGCUUCAGUUCCCUCUGCAGAGGAGGAGACUGCACUGUUGGAACUGGCACAGAGAUUAAAAAUAUGAAAGGAAGAGCAAAUCUCACCUCAGGUGGAUCUCUAGGUCAGUGUGCAGGAAAAGUGUACGUUGCGUAUGGUUUGAGUUGUAUUUCCUGCACCUUUCACAUGCACUAAAUUCACUUUAAGAUGGCAAACACAGUGUCCCUGUUUGUCUUCCUUCUGGCAUGGAUUUGGCAACCCAGGUGUGCCCAGCUGCUCCUGGGAAUGGGACAGCCCAGAGCUCCCACCUGCAGCUGGCAGAGGAUGUGUUCUGCUCACGGGGUUUCUGUGGAUGCCAAGUGUCCUCCCACCCUGAGGGCCCUGCUUUUCCCUCUGAGAAAAAACUGCCAGCAAACACUAGGCAGGAAGGGGGGAGCAGCAGGAGCCCUUCCCACCAAACUGCCUCCAGGGCAGCUUUGGUACCAUGAGCACACUGAGAUCGAGCACCACAUACAGGCAAAUGUCACCAUUUAAAAAAUGUAAAGACAUUUAGUGAAGGAAGUUACAUUACAGAUCAACCACUUACAAAAUUUCUGUAUAAAGAAAAUAAAUGUUACCCAGUUUUCUUGCCCCUCGUGUGAGAGCACUGGAUAGAAAUCCCAGGAAUCACAUUUCAGAAUUGGUGGGGUCUUGGCUGUGUGGGGUGUCUGUACUUAAACAGAGGCUGAAGCCAGCAGGAACAGAGUGUUUCCUUUGGGGCUGGUUUGGCAUUUCCUCAGAGAAACAGAAAAUCCUGGAGAAGAGAGAGCACCAGGCAUAGCAAAUCAUACCUGGGCCUGAACAUGAGCAAGGGCUUUGUGUGUGACAGCAGUGCCAUGCUCAGGUGCCUGAGCUGCACCAUGGACCCCGUGUGGGGGAUGCUGCUGCAGCCUCUUCUGCUGAGGGUCUCAAGUCCAGCAUGUGGCUCAAAGCAGGGCUCAGCCAGGGCUUUAUCCAGUCAGGUCCUGGCAACCUCCUAAGGAGCCUGCACAGCCGUGGGGAUCCUGCCCCACUGCUUGGCUGUUCCCACUGUGGGGUUUUAUCAUCUCCAGCGUGAGCAUCGUGUCUCCACUCAGGCCCCACUGUCCCUUCCCAUCUUCUGCCUGGUUCCAUCUUCUUCCUGCCCUCUCGUGGCUCUGGGUGCUGCUCUGAGCUUUCCUUUCUCCAGCUGGACAAUCCUCUUUUCCAGGAUUCUAAUGUGAGUGUCUCAUGGAGGAGGAAGGAGUAACACAAGAUACUUGUCCUAAUUGCAAGGAAUACACCCCAAAGUGAUCACCCACUUGUUUCUGUUGUACUUUCAUUUAUCCUCACUUUUCAGUUCUGCAGCCUUCAGGCCACAAUUACAGCCAGUUCACAGAUCAAACAACUCAUUCUUCAUUU